CCGCCGCUGACGUCACGAUUACGCGUCAUAUCCACCAUGUCGCGGUUGUUGCUGUUGAGUUUUUCCUCUUACUUAUUAAAUCAUUCAUUAAUUUCUGUUUUAUUAACAUCUACUCCAUCCACAACCCUACACCUACCCCUCGCGGUAAUGUAAAAAUAGCAAUUAUGGUUGUAUAAUGCCGCAAAAGUACGCUAUAUUGAAAUGCGCAUGCCCAGUAGUCGCAGCUGUAUGUUCAAAACCGCGUCAUUUGAAGUACGCGGUAAAGUUUUUCUGUAACUUACUAAAAUUAAUCUAGAUUUUGCUUUCUAUUGAACGAUUUUGAACAUCAAACGACGCCUAAAUGAAAUAUGUUUGAGUUGACUGUUAAACUUUGACAACAUCGAAGAUAAGAGAACAUGGUCAAGAUACUAUAAACAAGCAUAUUGCAGGAGACUGGAAGGAUUCAGCCGGAUUUAUUUGUUCUUUGUCAUGCAACUGGUUUAUAUAUGUGUUUAAAGUACUACAUGUUCAUCCUUUGUUAGUCGUUGUGUCAGUAAGCGCCUGUAAGUGGUCACUAAAGCAGGGAUGUCUGUGAGUCUGACUCCAGAACAGCAGCGGAGGAUUGAAGAGAACAGAAAGAGAGCAUUAGCCAGAAGAGCUGAAAGACAGGCUCAGAUCGCAGAUCCUGGACCUGCUCAAAACAAACACACACAGUCCGGGACAACAGGAGGCCCAGCCAAAAACAACCAGCAUUUUGCGUCUGAUCGGGGACAGUCAGGGGCACCUACAAGACAGACUCAGCUCAUAGACAUUAAUGCAGCGUGUACAAAAACAGCACCUCCGACUUCCAUUACUGCUGCCUCUACAGCUUCUAGUUUUUAUGGACAGGCAGGAAAACCAAGCACUGGAGAAAAGAGACCACCUAAACCCCCUGAGCCCGCGGCAAAUAUCCCUGCAAAGAAACCAGCGGUGUACUUGAGGGGAAGAUGUGUUUCACACUCAGAAAACCGCUUCCGAGUGGAGGUGGGCUACCAUGCAGACCUCAUCCUAGUGUUCAAAAGCAUUCCCUCCAAAAACUACGAUCCUGCUACGAAGAUGUGGAACUUCAGCCUUGAGGACUACCAGAUGCUCAUGGAGCAGGUGGCACAUUUACCCUCCAUCUCUCUCAAACCUCUGGAAGGGAUGGAAGGGCUGAAUAUUUCUGCAUCCACAUGUCGGCCCAAAGACGCUGCAGCAAUGGCGGCUUUGAUGCGCCUCUGUCAGGGUUGGCAGAAACCGGGUGCUACAAUUAAAGGAAAGUGCGUUUUAGUGUCUCGCUCUCGACUGGAGGUGGAUAUUGGAUACCAGGCUGAUGUUAUUGGGAUUUUUAAGCAAAUGCCAUCCAAAAGUUAUGACAUGAAGACCAGAAAGUGGACCUUUCUCCUUGAGGACUAUGGGAAACUCAUGGCGGAUCUGAAUGAACUGCCUACAGUGGAGACUGAGCCUUUACCUCACGCCGUCCUCCAGUCCUUCUCCAGUCAGUUUGAAAAAACCGAAUCCCGAGCUCCAGUCCCUCCUGAAGCAGAUCUCUCACACAUCGAUCCACAACUCACACGCAGCCUCAUGCCUUUCCAGAGAGACGGAGUCAAUUUUGCAGUGUCCAGAGAGGGUCGUUUGCUCCUGGCUGAUGAUAUGGGCCUCGGGAAGACGGUUCAGGCCAUCUGCAUUGCUGCCUAUUACAGAAGUGAGUGGCCUCUGCUGGUGGUCGCCCCGUCCUCAGUGCGCUUCACAUGGGCUGAGGCUUUCCGCCGAUGGCUGCCUUCAGUGAAGCCAGACAGCAUUAAUGUGGUGGUUAAAGGAAAAGACAACCUACGCUCCGGCCUCAUCAACAUCAUCAGCUAUGACCUGCUCAACAAGAUGGACAAACAGCCGCCGUCCAGCCCGUUCAACGUCAUCAUCAUGGAUGAGUCUCACUUCCUGAAGAACAUGAAAACGGCUCGCUGUCGGGCGGCUCUUCCUCUGCUCAAGACAGCUAAGAGAGUGAUCCUGCUGUCAGGAACGCCAGCCAUGUCCAGACCCGCUGAACUCUACACUCAGAUUCAGGCUGUCCGGCCCGCACUGUUUCCACGCUUUCAUGACUUCGGCACACGAUACUGCGAUGCCAAACAGCUGCCGUGGGGUUGGGAUUACUCCAGCUCCUCUAAUCUGACUGAACUCAAGCUGCUGCUGGAGGAGUCUCUGAUGCUCCGACGCCUCAAAUCAGAGGUGCUUUCACAGCUGCCUGCCAAACAGAGGAAAGUGGUCACUGUAACCACAGACGGCAUCAACUCCAGGACCAAAGCAGCCCUCAAUGCCGCGGCCAGAGAGCUCGCCAAAGGAUACCACAACAAAUCCCAGGAGAAAGAAGCACUCCUGGUUUUCUUCAACCACACAGCAGAGGCCAAGAUCAGAGCUAUCAUGGAGUAUAUCUCAGACAUGUUGGAGUGCGGACGAGAGAAGUUUCUGGUGUUUGCUCAUCAUAAACUGGUGCUGGACAGUAUAACCAAAGAACUUGGGGAGAAGAGCAUCAGCUUCAUCCGUAUCGACGGCUCGACACCGUCAGCGGAGCGUCAGCUGCUGUGUGAGCGUUUCCAGGCGUCCCAGCAGAGCUGUGUGGCCGUUCUGUCCAUCACCGCCGCUAACAUGGGGCUCACACUGCACUCUGCAGCACUCGUGGUGUUCGCGGAGCUCUUUUGGAACCCUGGAGUCUUGAUUCAGGCUGAGGAUCGGGUUCACAGAAUCGGUCAGACCAGUAAUGUGGACAUUCAUUACCUGGUGGCCAAAGGCACAGCGGACGAUUACCUGUGGCCGAUGAUACAAGCCAAAAUGAAUGUUCUGGAACAGGUCGGCUUGUCCGAAUCCAACAUUUCAGAAAAUGCAGAAUCUGCCAGCUUCCACAGCAGGGAUCGUCAGCAGCUCACCAUCACUGAGAUGUUCCAGAGGUCUUUCGAUGAGGACGAGAUGCUCGCUUUGAUGGAUCAGGACCCGUAAGAAUGACUAUGACUGUGCAGCUUUCACAAACUGGGCGAUUCUCCUGAAACACAGAAGACAAACAUUUAGUGAAAUAUGUACAGUAAAAGCUGAAAUAAACUUUAUUUAUCAUUUCUGUUUA